AUGGGCGCUGACUGCAGGCAAGCGUUGAGGGCGCUGCUAGCUGAUGGGCACUUUAGGCACAACCGGCUGGUGGGCUCGGUCACGAGCAACCGAUGGGGCGACAUUGGCAUAGGCAUUCUUGUCGCUUGGUGCGACCGAGACCACGGGGUCGUCCAUGACACUGGGGCCAUGGGGUGCGACCAAGGGGUCAUUGGGCAUGGCGUUUCUUCAAUUAUUUCCACAGCUGCAAAUUCAAAACUCUUUCGAGAGUACAUUGGUGCAGAAUCAACCUCCGUGAAGCUCACUGACGUACCAAUAAACUCUAACAUAGAGUUCCAUUUCAUAUUAGCAUUUGCUAUCGAUUAUAAUUCCGACAACUCAAAUCCUACACCUACAAAUGGAAAAUUCAACAUUUUUUGGGAAAACAAUCACCUUAACCCUACAGAAAUUGCCUCGAUAAAAUCUCGUUACAAAAAUGUGAAAAUCGCGGUCAGCUUAGGAGGUGACACGGUAGGUGACAACAAGAACGUUUAUUUUAAACCUAAGUCAAUUAAUUCUUGGGUUGAUAACGCGAUAUCCUCGUUAUCACCUAUGAUUAAAGAGUACAACAUUGAUGGAAUCGACAUAGAUUAUGAACAUUUUUUGGACACGGACAUUAAUGUAUUUGCAGAAUGCAUAGGACAACUUGUGACGAAGCUAAAGAAAAAUGGGAAAAUACAAUUUGAUUCGAUUGCUCCGUACGAAAAUAGUACAAUUCAAAGUCAUUAUAAGACUUUAUGGAGAAAAUAUGGACAGUUGGUAUCAGAGCACAGAGAUCAUAUCAUCAGUGCAUUAUUGAGUGUCAGUGCAGAGUGCCUAUCAAGGCAGAAAGCGAUGUUCUUAAUGCCAAUCAAGUCAGCGAACCAGAUGCCACUGACUGAAAGGAGAUUGUUUGUAGUCAGUCUCCCUUAA